AUGCCUGAGUCCUUGGAGUCACCUAACCCGAUCCCGCCCCGCACAAGCUCUACGGGGGUCACAAAUGGUAUCUUUGACUCUACUCUGAGCGGCUCUCUGGACAGCUCGGGUUCCCAGAACUCGAUUUCUAAACCGCUUCCAGAGGCACAGUGGGUUGCUCCCUUGACAAAAGGACGAACGUCAAUACCGUUCAAACACACCAUGGGACACACUCGAAAUCGAUUCAGCAUUGACGGCUCCAAGUAUGACGACGGUACAUGGUCACCGGAAAAGGAGAAAAUUUUGCUAGGCCCUUAUGACUAUAUGGUUCAACAGCCGGGGAAGGAUAUACGGAGGCAGUUGAUUGCUGCAUUUAACCGUUGGUUGCACGUUCCCGAGGAAAGUCUUGCAAUAAUCACCAAGGUUGUGGUUAUGCUGCAUACUGCUUCACUGCUUGUUGACGACGUGGAAGAUUCGUCAAAUCUCCGCAGGGGAGUUCCGGUGGCUCAUAAUAUAUUUGGCACAGCGCAAACGAUAAAUUCUGCGAAUUAUGUCUACUUUCUGGCCUUGGGGGAGGUCCAGAAGCUUAGAAAUCCGAAUGCGAUUGAUGUUUAUGUGAAGGAGUUGUUGAAUUUGCACCGCGGACAAGGCAUGGAUGUAUUCUGGAGGGACACUCUUACAUGCCCAACUGAGGAGGAAUACCUGGACAUGGUGGGCAAUAAAACUGGUGGUCUCUUCAGACUUGCAAUUAAACUGAUGCAAGCGGAGAGCGGCACUGAAAUUGAUUGUGUCGCCCUCGCGAACCUUAUGGGCCUCAUCUUCCAAAUCUGCGACGACUACCUCAACCUUUCCAACUCAACAUAUACCAAAAACAAAGGCCUAUGCGAGGAUCUUACUGAAGGCAAAUUUUCUUUCCCCAUAAUCCACAGCAUCCGCUCCCACCCAGAUAAUCUUCAGCUCAUCAGUAUUUUGAAGCAAAAGACUAGAGAUGAAGAAGUCAAGAGGUAUGCUGUCAGUUAUAUGGAGAGUACGGGUAGCUUUGCCUAUACACGCAAAACCGUCAUACAGCUACGCGAGAGGGCUCUUCUAUUAAUUGAUGCACUAGAGAAAGCGGCUGAGCAUGGCCCUGGAGCUGAUCAGACGGGAGAGCGGAGUGGCGAUCCGGUGCGGACUAUUUUAAAUAAGAUGGUUGAUGCGACGGUGAAUAGUGAGUGUGAAGUUGGGGUUGGGGGAGCUACCAGCUAA